AUGUCUGGAGUCCAAGGCGCUAGCGUCGGUAUCGAUCUCGGCACGACCUACUCAUGCGUCGGUGUGUGGCAAAACGACCGCGUGGAAAUCAUUGCGAACGACCAGGGGAACCGCACGACCCCGUCGUACGUUGCGUUCACGGACAGCGAACGCCUGAUCGGUGAUGCCGCCAAGAACCAAGUCGCGAUGAACCCGACCAACACGGUGUUCGACGCCAAGCGUUUGAUCGGCCGCAAGUUCAACGACCCUGUGAUCCAAGCCGACAUCAAGCACUGGCCGUUCAAGGUCACCCCCGGUGCGGGCGACAAGCCCCAAAUCACGGUGGAAUUCAAGGGCGAAACCAAGACGUUCCAACCUGAAGAAAUUUCGUCGAUGGUGUUGAUCAAGAUGAAGGAAGUGUCGGAAGCCUACAUUGGGUCGACCGUCAACAACGCUGUCAUCACCGUCCCUGCCUAUUUCAACGAUUCGCAACGUCAAGCGACCAAGGACGCCGGUGCCAUUGCUGGGUUGAAUGUGCUUCGUAUCAUCAACGAACCCACUGCCGCUGCCAUUGCGUACGGUUUGGACAAGAAGGGUGGCGAACGCAAUGUGCUCAUUUUCGAUUUGGGCGGUGGUACCUUUGAUGUGUCGCUGUUGACGAUCGAAGAGGGUAUCUUUGAAGUGAAGGCGACUGCCGGUGACACGCACUUGGGUGGCAAAGACUUCGACAACCGCUUGGUAGACCACUUUACGGCGGAGUUCAAGCGCAAGCACCGCAAGGACAUGACCCAAAACCAACGUGCCCUUCGCCGUCUGCGUACUGCCUGCGAGCGCGCCAAGCGUACCCUGUCGUCGUCGGCACAAGCGUACAUCGAAAUUGACUCGCUGUUCGACGGCAUUGACUUCAACAGCACGAUCACGCAGAUCAACAUCUCCCCCAGUCCGGAGGCCGACUGCUGA